CGGAAUUUCGUUACCCAUGAGCGUGUAGCAGUGCAGUCAUUUCUGCACUUUUCGGGGAAAAAUUAAUAUAAAAAUAUUUAUUAAUUAAAAUAAACAAAAAUCACGCGUUUCAUUUUCUUCUCCGGCGUGCUUCGCCGGAAAAUUCUGUACGUCGAAUCACUGCAGGUUAAUCAUCCGGCAGAGAUAAAGUGGCUCGAUAAAGAUACGCAGCUGCUUCAGGAAGGGAGUUGAUCAAUGAUUUAACAUUUCCUUCAUCGAAGAUUGAGUGAAAAAUGUAACUUCGUCAAUUGUAUCAAGUUCUCGUCCAUCCUUAAACCCCAGGUGGAAAGAAUGAACUAAGUCUUCUCAGAACAAGAGCAUUUGGAUAUCCCGGGACCAUGGCUCUUUGGCUAAUGGAGAGAUGGAUUAUGACACUUCUGCUAGAAUUGAACAAAAACGUGCUCAUCAGUGGUCAAUGGAUUCAUCUGAACAAGAGCUAUUCAGCAACAAGAAGCAAGCAGUAGAACCUGCUAGCAAUAGCCCUACUUUAGGAGCCGAAAACAUGAGCAUGUCUCUGUUCGGCAACAGUCCCAGUACUCAGUCAGAUCAAAUAAGCGACUGCCUGUUCGGAACCAAGCUUGUCAGGAGUUCAAGUUUUGCUGAUAAGAAUGCAUCCGUCUUUGUUCCUGGGGAUCUGAAUAUGGGAAAGAAGGGUUUUGUGGAUCAGUUAGAAAAUAAUUCAUCUAUAUGUUUAUCAAUGUUUCGGGAUGUGGAAGUUCCCUUGUGUCUGAAUACUGGCGUUAGAAAAGUCAAAGUCAACCAGGUUGUCUCAGAGAAUCAACUCUCUGAAUUUGUGGGGGAAUCUUUCAACCCUGGAGACAAGAAUAAAAUUACUAGUCCCACCUUUCACAGGACAGGUAAUGGCGUGUCACUUGCACCAGCUUAUAAUACUGGAGAUAGAAGUACCAUUAUGGAACCUGUCUUCUGUAAGACGAAUGAAAAUUCUAUUUCAGUGGAACAGGCCUCCAACAAGAGAGAUGGCAAUUUUAUGCUAAUGGGUCAUCACUAUGACAAUCUGCUAUCUAUUGGUCAAGCUUUUGACAAAAGGAAUUACAAUUUUAUUUCGAUUGGGGAACAGUGUGAAAAGGAAAACGGCAAUUUAAUGUCAAUUGGUCCUAAUUACUUCAAGGGCAAUGAAAAUUUCAUUGCAAUGGAUGCUUUCUACAAUAAAGCAAAUGAAGAUUUUUUGUCAGCAGGUCCUACUUGUGAUAAAGGGGUGAUAGACAUUACGUCAAUGACUUCACUUCACGGUCAGCAGGAUGCUACUGUUGCAUCACUAGGAAAUAUCUACAAUUAUGGAAAUUCCAGUAUCCUAACAACGGGUCAAACCCAUAAUAAUGGAAAAGGCACUACUAUAUCUUUUGGGGUCUUCCAGGACAAUCCUGAUGAAAGUGAUCCUUCUGGAAGGUCCAUAAGCAACCAUGAUGGUUUACUAAAUCAAUUCUCGGCUCAACCAUCUGAGGAAUUAGGACAAAAGGGUUCUUUGAAUUUCCCGAGUACUACCAUUGUUUCAGCAUCUACUUCAAGGACAGGUAGCAGCCCCAAGAAUAAGGAGCAAAAGACAACUAAAAAGGUCCCUUCAAACAACUUCCCUUCAAAUGUUAAAAGUUUAUUAUCAACUGGUAUACUUGAUGGAGUUCCUGUGAAGUAUGUUUCAUGGUCAAGGGAGAAAAAUCUUCAAGGAGUGGUAAAUGGGACUGGUUACUUGUGUGCCUGCAAGGAGUGCAAAUUUUCCAAUGAGGUUAAUGCUUACGAGUUUGAGCGUCAUGCUGGUUGCAAGACCAAACACCCAAAUAAUCACAUUUACUUCGAGAAUGGGAAGACUAUUUAUGCAGUGGUCCAAGAACUGAAGAGUACCCCUCAAGACAAGCUCUUUGAGACAAUAGAAAAAGUUACUGGAUCUUCUGUAAACCAGAAAAAUUUCCGUACUUGGAAAGCUUCAUAUCAAGCUGCAACCCGUGAACUUCAGCGUAUUUAUGGGAAGGAUGAAGUGGCUGUGCCAUCCUGAUAUGUUGUCUGGUGCCGAAAUUUUGGAGGUUGGUUGACAGCUGAUGUGCAUGUAGAUUGUGUACAUGACCAUGGGAAUUAUACAACUUAUAUGGAGCAUUAGACUUGUUAGGAAUUGAAUGCUGAUCUACAAAUUGAUCUUUCGAACAUUUUACUGCUAUUCUGUUUUCUUCUGGGUAAGAUAUUUUCUGUGAAAAGUAAAUGUAUUAGAAGCUUCCCCCACCCAAAAAGAUUUGGUUCCUUGUUAUUUUGGCGUCUGGUUAUAUUGAUUGUGGUAGUCUGAUCAAUAUAAAAAAGGGAAGAGCUUAG